CAGGAUCUGCCUUCUAAUAUCUUACUUAGGCGCAUUAGGGCUAACCUCGCUCAGGAUUUCCAUCCACUUUACACUAGGCUCCUAAAAGCCAUAGCCAGAAAAAAAUUGGAAGAAGAAGAGCUGGAAAAUCUCACAUUGGAGCGAAACCACAUCGUCCGUAUACUCACACUAAAGCAUCUCAUCGCACUGGCGCGGCAACGUCAAAAACAACUGGACGAUGACAGGGUAUUCGAAAUCCGCCCCGAAGACACGGAGAUUUUUGAAAAGCAGCUCAAGGAUUCAAGCAAUAUCGACAUAUUGGCUCCUGUGCGAAAGAAUUACGAGGUCCAGCGAUACGUGAAGGAGAUCACCAUUAACAAUCUACUGCUGGAAGCCGACCUUUCCAGGAAUGUCGAUUUUAUUAAUCGCUGGCUGAUGCACAAGCUGCCCCACAGCACUGUCGAAAUGCUCGUGCUCCUGGCGGUGUCCAUAACUACCCUCAAUUUAACCAGGAUCACAAACUGGAGAGCCUGGCAACAAGAUGUUGCAAAAUUCUGGACCAGAGAUGCCGCAUCCAACAUCCCCGAGGCGGUUUUUGAUGGGCCCCGCACGUCGACGUUCAGCUCACAGGAUAAAGGAGGUGGUAGUGCUUCUAGUGGAGGAAAAGCCAGCGCCGAUGUAUCAGCUGCGCCUCGCAUAGACCUUUCCGUCUUUACCAAAAAAGACACAUUUGAUACAGGAAGCGGGCCGGGCGUCAAUACCCUCAUUCACCAUGGCCGAAUGUAUGUCCUAGCAAAUCGCUAUAGGAUCGGUCGACUAAUGGAUAUAUUACUGCAAAAGCUCCACCAAACUUUGGUCAAGUCCAAAGUACCUGAAACGAAUCUCAACGAUAUUAUGGCAAUGGUACGGUUUUGUUAUGCAAAACUGGUCCCCGAAAGGUUGAGGCGGUUGGUGGUGCAUUAUAUUUCCUGUAACGUGGAGACCCUAUGGAAGAUUGAGGAAUUUCAAAAGCUUGUAGAGGAUUAU